UUUUUCGUAUCCUGAAAACAAUGGCUGUGGGACUUCUGAUGUUACCAAGAAUUGAUUAUAGCAUCAUGCCUGAUGGUUUUCAACGCAUUGAUCCAGGUUACAAUGCGUACAUCUGUUAUCUUCACGUCCAGGCAGCUUUUAGAAACCCAGUUCUUCGAGUGUUUUGUCAAAUGCUGAUCGAUGAUCACGAAACACUCGGUGCUUCCACCGUUCCACGCAGAGGCUUCAUUCGUCUUCACGAAAGGAAAAGUGGACCAAAGUGGAAACGUUCUCCCCAGGCCCGCGCCAAGUGGUUCAUCGCACUCACCUUGGCUCGCAAUCCACAACUUGCAGCUGAACGAAAACGUGCGAAGACAAUGUGUGUCACUGAAGAUAGCGACGUCAAAAUCGAGAUUGGUAAUUAUGGGCCAGAUAAUACAGGAUUAAUAUUAGAUAAGUAAACAAUGUUAAGUUUGCAUGUUUCUUUAGAUUUUCUUUUUUUUAUUGGCUAGUUAUAGUUGUAUUACGUUUGGAAACGAACCGUGCAAUCGUGCAUGACAAAACAUUUUCAUCCACACAUUUUCGAAUGUGAAAAGAAGGACGUUUUGACGAUAUCAGGCCUUGUUGCGGUUAAUGAUUAGAAGAAAUGUGUGUUAAAAUAACAAAUAUAGUGCACCAAUA